AUGAUUCCGAAGCAGCGAGGACGAGUCAAGGAGCAGCAGGAGCAGGAGCGCUGGGAGGAGGAGGAGGAGGUGGAGAAGGAGGAGGAAGAGCAACAGCAGCAUCGACAUCAUCAGCAGCAACAACAUUGUCAUCUGCAGCCUCUGCGAACCUCGCUGCUUUCGCGCCAAGAGGAGGAGUCUCUCGAGACGGAGCCGCUGACCGGCCCGCGAAUCCUCGGCAACGCCAGCGACCGACCAUGCGACAGCAGGGAUCGCGCGUGCGACACUAGGGAUCGUCCACCUCACUCGCAAGCCCGGCGAGAAGUCAGGCGACACGACUACGUUCCGGCUCACAGCAGCAGAGACACUGGAACCGCGAGGCUCGGCGAGAGGCUCGGUGAGAGGCCCGGUGAGAGGCCCGGCGAGAGGUCCGGCGAGAGGUCCGGCGGGAGGUUCGGCGAGAGGUUCGGCGAGGAGGGCGGGUUGCUGGAGACGCUGGGGCAGGAGAUAGUGGCGAUCGUGACGCCCGUGUCCAUCUGCAUGCUGCUUGUCGUCGCGCUCGUGCUCGCACUCACCCCGCACGGCGCCUCCGUCACCACGCCCACCAUUGCGACGCUGGUGUACCAGGAAGAGAGCACUGACGCGCCCUUGCAGCAGCUGUGGGCCGCUCUGUUAAACGCAGCAGCGAUGGUGGCGCUGGUGACGGCAGCCACGUUCGUGCUCGUGGGGCUGUUCUACUGCGGGUGUGCGCGCUGCAUCUGGGGCUACAUGGGCUUCUCCGGAUUCGUCAUAUUCGCUGGACUGGGCGGCACUCUCGCAGUGCAGCUUAUACAGCGCUUCUCCAUCCCAAUAGACAUCAUCACCUUUUCUCUGCUCGUGUACAACCUCUCAGUGGUGGGCGUCCUGGCAGUCUUCUUCUGCCGCAUGCCCAUCUUCCUCACCCAGUCCUACCUCGUUGCCGUCGGCGCCAUCGUCGCCUUUUGGUUCUCCAGCCUACCAGAAUGGACCACGUGGAUGGUGCUCAUUGCCAUGUCACUCUACGAUCUCUACGCUGUGCUCACGCCAGUGGGCCCGCUCAAGCUGCUACUAGACAUAGCCAUGGAGCGAGACGAGGACAUCCCAGCACUCAUCUACGAAGCCCGGCCCCCACCCAUGCCCUUCGCCCCUCCUCCUCCUCUUCGCCCUCCUCCCCGUCUUCUCACUCCCACUCGCCCUCUCCCCUCCUCCAAUCACACGCUCCCCUCCAAUCCCUCUCUCCCACUCCCCCCUCACUCUCAUCCCGCCGUGCCAACCUGGCCCGGCCACCCCCCACUCUCCUCCUCCUCCACCUCCUCCUCCUCGUCCUCCUUCCCGCCAUCUCUAUCUCCCUCCACCGCAUCCAACCCCUCUCCAUCCGACUCCACUUUCCAGCCUGCAAACAGCACAGCUGGCGCUGGUAGCACUCAAGUCCCUACCACAGCCCUGGGACGGGCGGAUGGAGGAGGAGGAGGAAUCGGGGGUGGGGAUGAAAUGCCGGGUGGUGUGGUGGGGAGCGGUGCUGGUGGGUCAAGGAGAACGCGUGUGCGAGGCCAAUUCGAGCGGCGGUUGCAGCAGCAGGGGAGCAUUGCCAGUGGUGCAAUCGGUGCUGCUAGUGGUGGUGGCGGCGGUGCAGGCACAAGCACGUUCGCUGGACAGCUGAGAGUGCAGGAGGGAGAAGGCGGGGCAGGAGCAGGAUCAGUGGGAGCAGCGGGAGCAGCAGGGGGAGCAGCGGGAGCAGCAGGAGUAGGAGCAAUAGCAGCAGCAACAACAGGAGAAGCAGGAGGAGCGGAAGCAACGGGAGCAACCACAGGUGCAGGUUUGUUGGUGGGUGGAGAGGAGACAGCAGAGAGGGGGGAGGAGGAGGUGGAGCGGGAAAUAGCACGGCUCAGAGAGGUUGCCAGCCAGCACCUGCGCGAGAGGGAGAGGGAGAGAGAGAGGGCGCGGUGGCGGGGCGGCACGAUCUCCCGGGCGGUAUCGCUUGGACCGGAGUGGAGCAUGGGGGCAGUGAGCGGCGGCAUUCGGAUGAGAGCGGGUCUUGAGGGGCAGAUUGCGGGGAUCGAGGGGCAGAGUGUGGGAAUGGACGGUUUGCCUGGUGUGGUGGACGGGCAGAUGAGAGGGUUUGAGGUGAGUGGGGGUGCAGUUGGGUGCGGAGCGGUGCCAGGCAGAACAGAUGGGUUUUCACACUCUGUUGCUGAGGGGAGCAGUCGGCUGCUUAGUGUGCUUGGGUCUGGUGGGUGGGGGAGCAGAGGGGAUGGUGAGGGCAGUGGGGGGUGGGCAGCUGACUUGUCCUCGGUUCAUGUGGAGGAUCCAGAACAAGAUGAUAUUCACUAUCUGCCGAGCCCGAGCCUGGAGCCGAGCAGCAGCUUCGGCCCGGACCUCCCAAGUGCCAUCAAGCUUGGAAUGGGGGAUUUUAUAUUUUACGGUGUUCUGGUGGGGAGGGCUGCGAUGUACGAUUUAAUGACAGUGUAUGCAUGCUACCUUGCAAUCAUUGCAGGGCUGGGCGCUACCCUUGUGCUUUUGGCGUUACAGAAGCGCGCAUUACCUGCGCUGCCCAUCUCGAUUGGGUUGGGAGUGGUCUUUUACUUUUUGACCCGCCUGCUGCUCGAACCGUUUGCUGUUUCCGUUGUCACGAACUGCUUUGCGCGCAUGCGGUCGAAGAUGGGAGGUUAUAACGACCACCGAAAGAUUGCAUUAGCGGGGGCGAAACGGGGUUGCUCAGUAGCGAUGUCCACCUUCAUCGCCGUCAUCGCGGUCGUGGGAGUGUUCGCGCAGUUCGCCGUUGCAGGAGCAACAAUAACGCCUCAAGUCCGGAACGCGAAAUGCGACUUCACUACCGGGGAGUGGCGGAAGGGGACCAAGGGAUUUCCACGGUACACGUCGCUUCCAGGGAAGCCCAACUCGUGCCCUUACGUGCGGUCGGAUUUCGCGUGCGAGCGCAACGGGCGCGCGGACAUGCGGUUCCAGUGGUACCGCUGGCAGCCCAAGCAGUGCAUGUACUCCUACUUCAGCCCCUCGGGCUUUAAAUUCAUGCUCAAGCAAAAGAAAGUGCUGCUGGUGGGCGACUCGAUGAUGUCCAACUUCUACGAGGCGCUACUCUGCGCCAUCCACAUCGGCGGCUUCAAAGGCGAGCCCUACAUGCGCAACACGGCGGGCGUGUUCAGCGUCAAGGGGGUCCGCUUCCCCCGCAUGGGGAUCUCCAUCGAACACCUCUUCUCGCCCUACCUCGUCUACGCGAUCACGCGCGGCGCCAAGACCGCGAACGCGAAGGGCGGCCACGGCUACGACGUCCACGUGGACAAGAUCCAUCCGACGGUCGCGAAGAUCCUCCCAGAAUACGCCAUGGCGGUGUUCGCGUCGGGCGUCUGGUGGCAGCAGAACGUCCCGCGCCGCAAGCAGCCGAACAUCUUCUACGUGAAUAACUCGCCCAAGAACCUCUCGAAUCUCGACGCGCAUGCGUGGGCUCUCAACACGCUCAGCAAUUUCAUCAAAACUUCGAAUUACGGCGGCGUGCCGUAUUUUAUUUCGUUCUCGCCGCACCACGGAGGCGCGGGCAGCCCGCAAAAAGGAGUUUACCAGGGUAAUUCCGUUGGGGGGAAACCUGCCUGCGUACAUGACGACGCAGAAAACUGCGCUGCUAGGUUCGCCGUUACGAUUCCUCCAGGUUACCAGCCUGAGCGCGAUGCGGCCUGA